AUGGACUCGGUGCCACUAAAUCGAAAUCUGAUUGGUUAAAGCAACCGCUUCAUUCCUGUGUAUUUUACACUACCAGGUGUCCAGCAAUGAGGCGACUGCUGAAUUAUUGUUGAAUAGAGACUCCAACAUAAACAGACAGAGAAAUGAUAUGAUAUAAAACUGAAAUCAGUGAUUCUGAUAGUUUAGGCCAGCAAAAAAGGUGUUGGAGGCUUGCAGCCAACCACAGUUCUUUAAACCUACCUGCCUUCAGCUACUACAGAAAUGAUGACAAGAAUGUAGUAGUACGAAAGUACGAGCCUUCAAUAAUUCAAUAACUGAGCAUUCUACACUAAGCAUUUUACAAUCAAAACUGCUCUCAGUGAACCAGUCACCAUAAUACACACUGCUAUUAUUGUUUAACUGUGCAAUAUUAAUAACAACAAAGUAUCUUAAACAACACGUGCAAUAACAAAGUUAAAAAAAAAACGUGCAAUAUUACCUGCAAUACGUGCGUCACAAUAUAUAUAUUAUUGUAUAUAUUAUUGUAUACAUUAUAUAUACUAUUGUCAGGCAUACAUUAGCCCAUGUUUAUUGAUUUGUGACUGUAGAAAUAUACACCUUAUGAACAAAAGUAUGUGGACACCUGACCAUAAGGUUUGUACGUGUUUUCUGAAUGUCACGUUUCCCAUUUGCUGUUUUUUCAUAACCUUUAAUCUUCUGAGAAGAUGUUCCACUAGAUUUUGGUGGAGAUUUGUGCUCAUUCAGACACAAGGGUGUUAGUAAAAUCAGGCACUGAUGUAGGUGAGGUGAGAAGGCCUGGGCUGCAGUCAGCGUUUAGUUUCACCCUAAAGGUGUUUAAUAGAGUUAGGUUACUCAAGACCUUCACAGAAAUGUUUCUUUCCAAACCAAUUAUCCAUCUUUAGUGUCCUCCACCCAGCCUCAACCUUAUUGAACACCUCUGGAGUGAACUGGAAACCUGAAUGCACCCCAAACCCUUUUGCAUGACAUCAGAUCACAACCUAAUUGACGCUCUUGCGGGAGACCCGAGCAGAAAUUCCUCUGACACUCCAAAAAUCUAGUGGAAAGAUUUGCAGAAGAGUGGAGGUUAUAAUAACACUAUGAUGGGGUUACUAACUUUAGAAUGGGAUCUUCAUUAUUCAUAUAUAAAUAUGACGACCGGGUGUCUACAUACUUUUGGCCAUACCGUGUAUUAUGGUACUUUUGAGAGUGAAGUUGAAUUUGGGACGAAUUUAGGAAGUUUAUGUGCUUGAGGAGGGUGAGGGUGCAUGCAAAAGUGUAUUAGUUUUAAAUAAUUGAAAAUAGGGUUUCAUGUAAGAAUUUCACGAUUUGAUUUUAUUCCGAUUUAUAAUAUAUUUAUUAUUUUUUUUGCUUAAAAAGUAAAUAAAUCUUAUUUACACUUCAGAAGAGUACCCCUGCGGGGUGUAAAUACACCAAACCAGGGUUCACUACUACGGUCGAGCGGGUUGUGAUGUCACGUGACACCACCGAAAGUUCAUUGUGGAGAGAGACACGUGACCUCACACAACUACACUGAGUGUUAUUUUGCCACCCGCAUGCGGACAAAUCCCGCCUUGUGCUUUAUGACGCCUUGUGCUUUAUGAUUGGUUUAUGCUCGUAAGCCGCAUGCUGAUUGGUUAAGAUCAAAAUGCAGACGAAUCACCUGCGCAUUAGACGGGUUAGUUCCAGCCAAUCACAGUGAGGUAGGCGGGAUUUUGAGGAAUACGGGCGCGGAACGAAAUAACGCCCGAGCUGGAGGAGGCCUGCUGGUGUUUUCAGUAGGGAAAGAGGGAAAGAAACAUGGCGGCUAUGUGCGACCCGGAGCGGGACACCGGCCAUUCCGCCCGAGCUUUCUUCCGUUAAUCGAGUCCGCCGCUCUGUCGGACUUUCGGGGACAAUUUGAUGGUCAGACUGGCUCAGAGUUUAUGGACAAUUGCGUGCUUUUGUGGCAUUUUUUAAAUGAUUAUACUCGUGGCGCGAAAAGACGCCUGUAAAUACAGAGAAAACAAUAAAAUAAAAAGAUUAUAGUAACAAGACAUCCAGCUGCAGGAAGAAUGAGAGGGAGGAGAGGUAAGCCGGCGGCUCGGGGAUUACAGCCGGGGAAGGAAGCUGCAGUGACGCCGCGGGGCGGUCGAGGCGCCCGUGGAAGAGGCAGGGGACGAGGCAGAGGGAAGGGACUGUGGACAGCGGAUUGUGAGGGGGAUGAAAACUACCAGCCACCGAAGAGGGGGAGACGGAGAGGAAGCUCGCUGCCGAGGGCCAGAGGAGGCAGAGGAAGCAGGGGUAGAAGAGGAGCUGGUGGUAGAGGAGGAAGAGGAAAAACAUUAAGCAAAAUAAUUUACGAUGACCACGACAGCAGCUACGAUGAGGAAGACGCCGUGAGUCUGCAGUACGACGACGAGGAGGAGGAGGACGACUUUCUCCGCCGAUCUGAAGAUGAUGCGGACUACGAAGCAGAACGCGAUGAGGAAGAAGAGGAUCUGGAGGAUGAAAAUGAGAGCGGUGGUGGAGAUGAUGGCUCCGACUAUGUGGUGGGAUUGCCGGAGGAGGACGACGCGAGUGGCGGCGGCAGCACCUGCGGAGACACUCCGGGCCGCAAAAGAACUCGUGUGCAUCGCCCACUUGCCCCCGUCUUCGAGGAGAAGGAUGUCCCCCCUCUGGAGCUCCCUAAAUCAUCAGACGAUAUUCUGGUGCCAGCAAUGCACGUCCUUACCGCAGCCUCCAUCUAUGAGGUGCUGCGAAACUUCAGCACAGUGUUGCGGCUCUCUCCAUUUCACUUCGAGGACUUCUGUGCAGCUCUGUCGGGACAGGAUCAGUGCACGCUGCUGGCAGAGACACACGUUUCGCUAAUGAAAGCCAUCCUGCGCGAGGAGGACACGUCUAACACGAGCUUCGGCCCUGCAGAUCUGAAGGACAGCGUGAACUCGACGCUUUAUUUCAUGGACGGGAUGACGUGGCCCGAGGUGGUGCGGGCCUACUGCGAGAGUGACCCCGAGUUCCAGCAUGUCCUGAGCAUCCAGAACCAAGACGACUUCCCCUACGAGCCUCUUGAGAGCAAGCUGAAAGUCCUGCAGUUCCUCGUGGAUCAGUACUUGGCAACUAACGUGGCACGGGAGGAGCUGAUGUCAGAGGGCGUGGUCACCUACGACGAUCACUGUCGUGUGUGCCAUCACCUCGGGGACCUGCUAUGCUGCGAGACCUGUUCUGCUGUCUAUCACCUGGAGUGUGUGAAGCCGCCACUACUCCAGGUGCCCGAAGAGGAGUGGCAGUGCGAGGUGUGUGUAGCUCACCAGGUACCAGGAGUGGGUGACAGCAUUCCAGAGAGCCAGAAGUCUCGUCCCUACAUCAGACACGAGCCGAUCGGAUUUGACCGCCACCGAAGGAAAUACUGGUUCCUGAACCGAAGGAUCAUAGUUGAGGAGGAUGGUGAGCACAAAAACAAGAUGAUUUGGUAUUAUAGUACCAAAGUGCAGCUGGCGGAGCUAUUAGACGUGCUGGAUGAGACCUACUGGGAGAAACAGCUGUGCACCACGCUGGAGGAACUGCGAGACGAGAUCCAUACACACAUGGACAUCACAGAGGAACUCACCAACAAAGCCAGAGGCAAUAACAAGUCUUACCUGACUGCAGCUAAUGAGGAUAUUCUGGAGCGUGUGAGAGCCAAGCAGGAGCAGGAAAUGGAGCAGCUGAAGAGGAAAGCUGCAGAAGAGCUUCAGAAAUCCAGAAGAGAGGAAUCGCAGGAGCAGCUAUCCAAAACUGAGCUAAUGGAGCCUGAGACCCCUGAAGACCAAUCCCUGCAGGACCAAACAGGCACGGAAAAGAACAACCCUGCAGCGUCCUGUGAUACAAAAUCCCCGGGUGCUUCUAUGUCAAACAUCUUCCAGCUGUCAGGGCCUUCUGAAACUUCACCUGAUCUCAGUGCUUCACCAGAGCUGGCUAAGAUGGCAGAUACGUCCUCCAGUUCAGGCACCAAUCUCGAGGAUGGGUCUCUGUCCCCACAGACCGCUGACGAGAACAGUCGAGACGAUCCAGAUGCUGCGGAGAAAGUUUCCAACCAGGAUGAGAAAAGUGAAAUGAAGGAGAAAGGAAGCAGUGAGACUUCAACAGGAACGCAUGGGAUGUUGGCAGCCACACGCAUGGUGACACGCCUGCGCAACCCAGACAGCAUACUGAGUCAGCGGAAGAGCCAGCAGGUGGCAGCAGCGCUCCACGAGUCUUGUAAAGUGUUCAAGGACGGAAAAGAUGUUCCAGCAGUAAGCCAGCAAGCAGAAGCAACCCGUCUCAUCUCGCGCAGCACCAAAGACCCGGUCAUGAAGGGUUCCUUUGGUUCCCACUUCUGCCUGGGUCAGGAAGGCAAGUACCGUGUCUACCAGAACCAGUAUAGCACCAACACUCUGGCACUCAAUAAGCACCAGCACAGAGAGGACCAUGACAAACGGAGACAUCUGUCGCACAAGUUCUGCCUGACUCCUGCCGGAGAAUUCAAGUGGAACGGCUCAAUUUUUGGCUCCAGGAUGCUCACAAUGUGCACUCUAAGGCUCACUAUUAUCCAGCUGGAGAACAACAUCCCAGCACCAUUUCUACACCCCAACUGGGACUCGCACAGGGCAAACUGGAGCAAGGCUGUGCAGAUUUGUAACAAGGCUCGAGAAUUUGCUUUGGCUUUAGCCAUCCUGGAGUGUGCCAUCAAACCGGUGGCCAUGCUGCCUGUGUGGAAGGACUCAUUGGGGCACACACGAAUGCAUCGCAUGACGUCCCUUGAGCGGGAGGAGAAGGAGAAGGUGAGGAAAAGAGAGAAGAAGCUGGAGGAAGAAGAGACAAUGCAGCAGGCCACUUGGGUCAAAUACACCUUCCGUAUUAAACAUCAGGUUUGGAAACAGAAAGGAGAGGAGUACAGGGUGACUGGUUAUGGCGGCUGGUGCUGGAGCAGUAAGACUCGCGUCCAUCGAUUUGUUACAAGACUUCCCGGGAACACCAAAGCCAACUACCGUCAGGAAAUGGAGGCUGGCACGAGCGUCAAAAAUGCUGCAGAGUCUAACAUCGCAAAAAGUCCUGAAGUGUCUGAGAGCAGCAGUGGAGAGGAGAAGGGGAAAAGAACAGAUGAAGAUAAAGAAGACGACAUGAAGGACAAAGAUAUGGAAGUUGAAGCGAAAGCACAUGGCACUCAGCCGGAUGAUGGAAAAGGCAGAGGCCAUGCAGAGACAGAUGUUGCCAUUGUUAAGCAAGAAAACGAAGGACCUAAACCUUUCUUCUUUGACGUGGUCGACGUAAGCGAGGGUUUCCUGCUCCGCACGGCUUACAAGAAGAAGGUCAAUUCUUCCAAAUUGGAUGAGCUGCUCGAGCACCGGGUCAAGCAACAGUCCAUCGAGGAAAAACGGAAGAAUUCGGCUAUAUGUACCAACCCUAAGGUUGUUAUCCAGAGGCUCAAGUUUAAAAUGGAGCCACACGGAGCAGUAGCGUGCAUACAGCCUGAGGGUAAGUCAGAGGUCAAGAAGGAGAAUACGAGCACGCAGGAGAGAACCAAAGAGGGCGUUUUAUCGUUAGAGCCUUCUGUCAGUCAGGAAGCUGGGACAAAUGGUCCAACAGGUGAGUGUGUAGGGCAAGUAGAUCCUGGUGGAGGACAUAGCACCCCUUGUUUGAUCCAGUCUCAGUUUAGUGUUCAAAACACAACGCCCCUUUUGUCAGGUGACACUCAUAAGCAGUGUGUAAAUACGGAUAACACAAGCCAGAGUGAAAGUGUUUUCCCAUCCACUGGAGGCAGCAGUGAUCCAAAAUUCAUUAGUACAAUGAACCAUCAAACAAGUACAGAAACACCAGUGCAGGUGAAUAAUGUGACAUCAUUAGGGGAGAAUGUGGAUGGGUACAGGGAAAAGGAAAGUAAAGGAAGUUUAUUGCAAAUGAAUGGACAGGAUGUUAAGGAACCAGGUACCAAGGACACUCUGACCAAUAGUGUGGUGAACAAGGUGAUCGAUAGGAGGAUAGAGGACGAUAAGAAGGCUCUGUCGCUUAAGGAUCCUCUAAAACCUUUAGUAAAUGGAAGUGGGGAUCUGGAGAGAAUCAGCAUCACAGACUCCACAAGGAGAAACCCGGAGUAUCUUCCCCCACAAAAAUUACCCCGUCUUGGCGUCACAGCCGAGGAUCUGCCACUAUUUUCCCCUACCAUCCCGAAAUCAGACUCUGCUUUGGAUAGCAAAGAGAAGAAUAGCAUGGAAGCCAGUUUGAACAAGGAUGACGGUGUGUCCCAAACGACAAUCGUUCCCUCUCCAGUUCUUUCAGCGGAGGAAUCGAGCCUCAGCAACGAUUUUGUAGAAAGCAACUGCAGCAAGGGAUCUCACACAACAUUGGCGGUCACACAAGUUACCACCACCAUAACAACCAAUACUCAAUCUCAAACAAGUAGCAGUGGUACGGCGAAUGAGAGCAACACUGUUUCUCCACUUAUUACCACCACCAAUACCACGGUGAAACAGGAACCGAAAACCACCACUGCACCUUCAACGUCAGAAAGCUCAUCCCUGAUAUGCUCAAAGGCAGUAACCAGGGUGCAGUCCACACGAGAACGGGUGCAGCUCGUUUAUGUUUUUCGCACCAAGAAGGCGCGAUCUGAAACAGCUCUUCCAUCGUAUCGCAAGUUCGUCACCAAGAGCUGCAAAAAGAGCAUCUUCGUUCUUCCCAGCGAAGAGCUGAGGAAACUCGCACGCAAGGGGGGGUUUAGGGAAGUGUCGCUUUUCAGCUACACUGCCAAGCCAGCUCCAGACAUCUGGCCAUACCCGUCUCCCAGACCUACAUUCGGCAUCACUUGGAGGUAUCGACUUCAGACUGUAAAUUCAUUAGCAGGGAUGUGUCUGAUGUUACGACUUCUUUGGGCAUGUCUUCGCUGGGACGACAUGGCUGUAAAACCUUCUGCCAAUGCUGGGACUACACGCACAGAAACAUCUGAGACGGACAUCACCACCACAGAGAUCAUCAAGCGCAGAGACGUCGGCCCUUACGGUACCCGGUCUGAAUACUGCAUACGGAAGAUAAUCUGUCCUCUUGGGGUCCCUGAAACGCCUAGAGCAGAGACCUGCACACCGCAGAGGAAAGGCCUUCGCUCCAGUGCUCUGCGCCCCAAACGCCCUGAACCUGGCAAGCAGGAUGGCCCAAUCAUCAUCGAAAGCUGGGUACCUGAAGAAGAUCUUCAUUUGUGGGAAAUCCGAGCAUUUGCAGAGCGGGCGGAAAGGGAGAAAGCCCAGGCAGCAGAGCAGGCCAGGGUUAGCGCUCGGAGAAAAGCACUGGAGCUUCAGCAACAGAAACGUCAAGAACAAAAGGAACAAAAGCAACAAGCGGCUGCAGCCUCCACUCCCUCAGCCAUCCCUGGCACCCCCAGCACUCCCAAAACGGCAACAGGGUCCCUCACCAGCCAGGUCACACCUGGAACCAAAGUGGUCCUGGCCACCAAGAUGGGCACGCCACUGACAUUCCAGCAAAAUAAAAACUUCCAGCAAACAUUUGCUACCUGGGUCCAAGGUCAAGUGGCCAGCAGCACUGUCACCACCGUCUCCACAACCACGGGGCAAACCUUCCAGAUCGCAGGCAGUCCUGUGUCUGUGGCUGGCAAAGUCAUCCCAUUUCCCGCCAACAGCAAGAUCGUCACACUCAGUGUGCCCAACAUGCAAGGAGGUGUACAGCAGAAAGUUGUCGGAAUCAUUCCAUCCUGUACUACAGGCAGCCAGCAAACCAUCACUACACUGCAGCCCAACACAACUACAGUCAACAUUACAGCCAAGGCUCAGGGGACAGCUACACAACAGGUGAUUACAACCGGAGGACAGCUAAGGACAGGAAUGACUGUAUUACGAACGCCAACGCAGCAAGGAGCCGCUCUGGGGAAAAGCAUCCUCAGAACCCCGAUAGUGGUGCAGCAAGGUCAGGCUGGUAAGGUGUUGACCCAGAUCAUCCAGGGACAGCCUGGCAAUCAAGCGAGUGGCACACAGAUCCGAGGAACCACCACACAAACUGUAGCCAGCCCCCGGACAACCCAGGGUCCGAUCAAACUAACCCUCGCUCAACUUACCCAGCUCAGUCAGGGGACACAGAAGCUGCAGGGAGCAGCAGUGGAAAGCCAGCAGGGGAUAACAGUGAUGGUGCAGGGUCAGGGCCAGCAGGCAGGUCAGCUGCAGGUCAUCCCCGCUGGUGUGACCGUGAUCCCGACAGCUGGCCAGCAGCUCAUGCAGGCCGUCUUACCUAACGGCCAGGUGCAGCGUUUUCUGUUUACUCCCACUCCUGCUUCAACUUCCACUUCAGGUCAAACUCAGCCAGCUCUCAAGACAUGCACUCCCUCCCCCGCUCAGCCGGUACAGGCCGGAGCUUUUGCCCCCCGCACGCCACCGAUGACCAACAAGGCUCAAAUGCCAAUCCAGUCUCCCACCCCUUUACAGGCCAAAGCUACAGUGAACCAGAUAUCUGUAAAACAGGAGCCCGUGAGGCCCCAAGUGCAGCUCCAGCAGGGGGCCCAGGUUAUUACAGUGCCUGGGUUACAGUUGCCGCCGGAGCAGACGGUUAAACUCCAGUUGCCUGUACAGAUCCAGCAGCAGGCCAGCGCUGCAAGCCAGGUCGACGCAAAGCCCCAGCAGGUCCAGAACGUCGUGACGUUACAAACGGCUAGCGUGCAGGAGCAGCUACUUAGGAUCCAGCAGCUCCGUGAGCAGCAGCAGCAGAAAAAACGGCAACAGCAGGAGGCAAAGAGAGAGCAGCAGCAGCAGGCCAUCAGCCAGAGUGACCUUAUCCAAAAACAGGUGGUGAUGAAGCAGAAUGCAGUGAUUGAGCAGCUGAAACAGAAGAAGUUCAUGACGCCUGCAGAACGAGAGGAGAACCAGAGGAUGAUCGUGUGCAACCAGGUGAUGAAGUUCAUCCUGGACAAGAUCGACAAGGACGAGCGGCAGGCAGCGAAGAAGCGGAAACGAGAGGAGACGGUGGAGCAAAAACGCAGCAAGCAGAUGGCCAUUAAGCUCUCGGCCCUGCUCUUCAAACACAAAGAGCAGCUCAAAGCUGAGAUCCUGAAGAAAAGAGCGCUGCUGGACAGACAGCUGCAGCUGGAGGUGCAGGAGGAGCUGAGGCAAGAUUUGGAGAAGAUCUGUCAGGAAAGACAACAGACUGAAGCCGCUGCCCAGGUCACGAGCACGACCUCGCCAUCCCCUUACAAACGCAAAUACGAGGAGGAGAACGCGGCCAAAUCGAAGAAAAAGAAGAUGAUUACAACUACCUCACGGGAAACCAAGAAGGACACAAAGUUGUACUGCAUUUGCAAGACACCGUACGACGAGACCAAGUUUUACAUCGGAUGCGAUUUGUGCACGAACUGGUACCACGGUGACUGCGUGGGCAUCACCGAGAAGGAAGCAAAGAAGAUGGACGACUACAUCUGCGCAGAGUGUAAACAGGCGCAAGAGGGAACCACAGAUGAGCUCUACUGUAUCUGCAGAACUCCUUAUGAUGAAGCUCAGUUUUACAUCGGCUGCGACCGCUGUCAGAACUGGUACCAUGGGCGCUGUGUGGGCAUCCUGCAGAGCGAAGCCACUUAUAUAGACGAGUACGUCUGCCCUCAGUGCCAGUCCACCGAGGACGCCAUGACCGUCCUUACACCCCUCACAGAGAAAGACUACGAGGGACUAAGGCGGAUUCUCCGCUCUCUACAGGCUCACAAAAUGGCGUGGCCCUUCCUGGAGCCGGUGGAUCCCGAAGAUGCUCCUGAUUAUUAUCGAGUGAUUAAGGAGCCUAUGGACCUUUCGACGAUGGAGGAGCGUCUGCUGAAGCGUCACUACAGUAAGCUGACAGAAUACGUCGCAGACAUGACCAGGAUCUUCGAUAACUGUCGAUACUACAACCCCAGCGACUCGCCCUUCUAUCAGUGUGCAGAAGUGCUCGAGACUUUCUUCGUCCAGAAGCUUAAAGCCUUCAAAGCAAGCAGGUCUCAUAACAACAGAUUGCAGUCCACAACUUCCUAAACUACAUAACCCAUAAGCUCUUUGGUAACGCUGUAACCAGGAAGUUGGUUCUGCUAGGCGAAUUCCUGCUUGAAGGCAAAAUACACACUGCGACUGAGCUUGUGUUCUGAUAGAAAGUGAGAGUUUCAGUAAAUCAUGGGAAGAACAGAUGACGAUGGAGGAAGAACACCGUUCAAAAAGCAGGAUGUGAUGGAUGGAUAAACGUCUUUUCUAGCAGAGGAUGGUCACCUUAGGAUGUACCUAAGGACUACAUUGUGCUGAAGCCGGACUUUGUUCAUCAUGCAGUGUUCCAUUGUACCCUGAAAAAGGAUGAUUUCAUUUCUUGAAUAAUUUGUUUUCCUAAAUGCAUUCCAGGGAUGCUUCUUGAGGGUUAAGAGGUUCUGUAGAAAAACAAUCUAAUGGGGGUUUACUUGGUCUCUAUAUGCAGUACCCGAACAUUUAUUUCGUUUUUAUGUCGUUUUUGUAUCUUUAUUAAUUAAUAUUUAAAAGAAAUACAAAAUGACCAACUUGAAUAUGGCACAUGCUGUUCUUGGAAAUUCAAUAUACACUAUAUGGAAAAAGUUUGUCGACACUUGACCAUAAUACUCGUAUGUGCUUUUUAAACAUUCCACAUUUAGUCCUCAUUUGCUGGUAUAAUUACCUCCACUAGAUUUUGGAGUGUGGUUGCAGAGAUUUGUUCAUUUAGCCGCAAGAUUGUUAGUAAUGUCAGGUGCUGUUUAAGGGGAGGUGUCGAGGCCUGGGGUGCAGUCAGUGUUCCAGUGUUUCAGUAGGGUUUAGGCAAGAGCUCUAUAGGAGAUCUUCCACUGUAACCCGUGCAAACCAUAUCUUCAUGGAGCUUUGGAGGUUUGAGUCUCCUAAUUCAAAUGAAGAAAAUCCUAUGCAAUUGUGUACCUCUAACUUUGUGGUAACAGUUUGGGGAAGAACCACAUAUGCCUGGAAAAGUCAGGUGUCCCGAUACUUUUGUCCAUAUUGUGUAUAUGAAAAUAAUCAGUCAGAGUGGUAUGAUCUUCUAAUAUCACAUCCUGAAGUGUUUUAUUCCUUCUGCAUCUUGCCCAAAACUGACUGGAAUUUAGCUGAAUGUUGAUCAUGCUUGCCUUCAGUAACACCACUUAAGAUGAUUUUUUUUUUUUUUUUUUUUUUUUUUUUUUUUUGCAAAAUGAAAAAUCAUUGGUGUGGGUUGUAAGAAAACAUGCACAAUGCUGCUUUAAAUCUGUUCUAAGCCCCGCCCAGUGGGUACUUGGAUGGUGCCAACCUUAAGCAGGUAUCAAAAGCAUUCCGAAGCAUUAGUACUGGUUAUUGGGAAAAUACUGGUCCUUGGUGCAGUGGGGUUAAAAAAAAAAAAAAAUUCCAGUUAACUUUUUAUCUCUGCGUGUAGCAUCAAGUGCCUCAAGAAAUCUAGUCAACUCGAGCAUUUUAACAACUAGGUUGUAGUAACUAGUUUGCAUUUCAUGGAAGGUGGAAUUUUGUAUUAGUAAGCACAAGUCGUUCCCAAUUUUGCAGAUGAUAAUCAACACAAUUCUGUCUGUGUUGAGAGUUUAACAAGAUCCUGUUCGCUUUGCAAUGGGAUAUAUUUCCCAAGUUUGGAGUACAAUGGAACACAGCAUUAUUAUUUUUAUAUGUAGAUCAGGGGUAGUUAUUAUUGUCUUUUCAGUUCACCAUCACUGUCGACACGGACUCCUGCCCUGGACACGCCAGACAACAACCCAGAUGCAGUCUUUUUAAAAAAAGAAGAAAAAAAAAAAUCCAGUACAAACAAUGGGCCAGAAAAAAUGUAUAUACCUGUGUAUAAUUUUUUUUUAUAUAUAAAUGGUCUAUUUUUUAGGAAUUGUACUAUUUUUUGAGCGAAGCGAUUUACAUUGAGAAGGUCAUGCGGCUACAUGCGUAUGCACAUGUAACAUUCAGAACUGAAGCAGUUUUGACUGCUGAAAGGAAAGACAUUUUUGGAUGCCAUUUUUAUGACAUCCAAAAAUGCAAAGAUCUCACAGGCUCACAGGCUCACUGUGCUUUUCCUCCUUUUCUUCCUUACUGGUCUUACUGUGUCUAAAUGUGACUCACUGAGACUGUCUGUCUGUUUUCACUGCUGUUUCAUGUUCAUUUUUUACAGUCAUAUGGUGGAGCUUGUUUAUGGUGCACCAUACACGAGGCAUUCUUUUAAAAUUUAACGUUAAAGAAUUACUUAAGCAGGAAAUCAUUUCAGUCCCCUCCCCAGUUCCCUGAGUGUAGUAAAUCAGUGCAACAAGGCUAAAAUUGCUAACAAGUACACAGUCUACCUGAGGUAAAGUGUCAUGUGCUAUGAAAAUCAUUCUUCACUAACAUUACACUCAAAAAUGUGAGGAAUUUGAUAGUAUGAUCUACUUUAUUUUUUAAACACAAACAAACGUUCACCAUGUAGCGAAACGCUGAGGUGCCAUUUUGUGUUUCUAAUUACAUGUUUUGGUAUGUUAAGAAGUUCUGGUGCUAAUUCUUUGGUUUGUGGUGUAUUUUCAUUAGUCCCGUAAAAAACAAUUUAACAAUCGCAAACAUAAGAAUUCACUUUUACCUCCUAUUUUCAGCAGCACGUUGUGUUAUAUUUACCACUAAAUUCAAAAGAGAAUUAAGGCAGAAAAUAAGUCUUUUGUAUAAUAUUUUAGAGAUAGAUUGUGAUUUAGGGUAUGGAUUUUCUAUUAUACUAGUAAAUCAUACUACUAUAUACUACAGAUUUUACUACAAUUGAAUUCAACACUUUUCAUAAUGGACCCAGUCACAAAUAACUUUAUAGAAAUCAAUUGUAAAUCAUACAAAUUAUAUCUUACAAUUAAUUAAUUUAAAGUAAUUCAUUACUUUAACUUAUUUAUUUCUGAUCCAGUGUAUGGGAAAGAUUGAGUACUUGUUAAAAAAUUUUUUUUUUUAAUCUGAUAUUAGAUGUCUUGCCUGAUUGACUGCAUUUAAGGAAAAUUAAGAUACUUUUUUUUGUUUAAUUUUAAGCUUUUUUUAAUCCAUAUAUUUUUUAGAUUAAUUUAAUCUAUUUGAGUUUUAUUUACCCAAACCUCUUCUCAGGCAUAAAAGAUUUUUAUAAAAUGAUGACAAUCUUGACUCAUAAACCUGAAAAAGCAGGUGGAAUUUAAUGAACCUUCAAGUUUUGAACAGGGACACUU